GGUUAGCUCCGCAGAGGCUGCCGGGAGAAGCGGAAGGAAAGCAAACCUGCUGUGUAAUCCCUGAAUACUCGCAAGAGCGUUCGUGUUUAGACAAAAAUUAAAAUUAAAGUGAAAACUCUAAACGUGAAAGAUGCCAGAUUAUUUGGGAACUGAGCAGCGCAAAGUGAAAGAAGAAGAUAAAGAAGAAAAAACGAUCAGGGCUUUGGAUGAAGGUGAUAUUGCCCUUCUGAAGACCUAUGGCCAGAGCACCUACUCUAGACAGAUCAAACAAGUGGAGGAUGACAUUCAGCAGCUGCUUAAAAAAAUCAAUGAGCUGACUGGUAUUAAGGAGUCAGACACCGGACUGGCUCCUCCAGCACUCUGGGAUCUGGCUGCAGACAAACAGACACUGCAGAGUGAGCAGCCACUGCAAGUGGCAAGAUGCACCAAGAUCAUUAAUGCUGAUUCGGAGGAUCCAAAGUACAUCAUCAAUGUGAAGCAGUUUGCCAAGUUCGUAGUGGACCUGAGUGACCAGGUUGCUCCUACAGACAUUGAGGAAGGGAUGCGAGUUGGUGUUGACAGAAACAAGUACCAGAUUCAUAUUCCACUGCCUCCAAAGAUUGACCCCACUGUCACGAUGAUGCAGGUGGAGGAGAAGCCUGAUGUGACCUACAGCGAUGUGGGAGGCUGCAAGGAACAGAUCGAGAAGCUGAGGGAGGUGGUCGAGACUCCUUUGCUUCACCCUGAGCGCUUUGUCAACCUGGGGAUCGAGCCCCCGAAGGGGGUGCUGCUCUUUGGCCCUCCUGGCACCGGGAAGACGCUGUGCGCUCGAGCCGUGGCCAACCGCACCGACGCCUGCUUCAUCCGAGUCAUCGGGUCCGAGCUCGUCCAGAAAUACGUGGGGGAGGGUGCCAGAAUGGUCCGUGAGCUGUUCGAGAUGGCCAGAACAAAGAAAGCCUGCCUGAUUUUCUUUGAUGAAAUUGAUGCCAUUGGAGGGGCCCGUUUUGACGACGGGGCCGGGGGUGAUAAUGAAGUCCAGAGGACUAUGCUGGAACUCAUUAACCAGCUGGAUGGCUUUGACCCCAGAGGGAACAUCAAGGUGUUGAUGGCCACCAACAGACCCGACACUCUGGACCCAGCUCUAAUGAGGCCUGGCCGGCUGGACCGCAAGAUCGAGUUCAGCUUGCCUGACCUGGAGGGGCGUACUCACAUUUUUAAGAUCCACGCUCGCUCCAUGAGUGUUGAGAGGGACAUCAGGUUUGAACUGUUGGCCCGCCUCUGUCCCAACAGCACAGGUGCUGAGAUCCGCAGUGUGUGCACAGAAGCAGGCAUGUUUGCCAUCAGAGCCCGCAGGAAAAUCGCCACGGAAAAGGACUUCUUGGAAGCUGUGAAUAAAGUCAUCAAGUCAUACGCUAAAUUCAGCGCUACCCCACGAUAUAUGACCUAUAACUAAUCAGUUGUCAUUUAAAUAAAUGUUGAUGAUGACUUUCCAGUUUUAACCUGUAUAGACACAAUUGUAGUGUUGUUUGUUUAUUUUCCUGUAAGAAUUGAGAAAAUGAAUAAAUCCUCUUCAUCACA